UGGUUGGGUUGCGCAGGAAGACAGCGGGUGUGUGAGAAAGAGGCGAGCGGAUCCUUCUCUCUCUCUCUUUCUCCUCCCCGCGAGACUGGUGACUCUGAGGAGGCGGAGGCGAUUAUAGCAAGAGCAGACGCGGGCGGGGAUGGUGCGUCUCGGGGAGGAGGUGGCUUUUGCCGCCUCCCCUGCGCCGGCUCCUGUAUCUCCUCCGUCCUUGCCGUGGGUGUGAAGAGGACACCCGAGACCCGACAGAGAUGAGGCAUCGAUUAGCAAGUUAAAUGUGAUUGAACCAUGGCUCAGUUUCCAACACCUUUUGCGGGCAACCUGGACAUCUGGGCCGUGACUGUGGAAGAAAGAGCUAAACAUGAUCAGCAGUUCCACAGUUUGAAACCAAUAUCAGGAUUUAUCACUGGUGAUCAAGCCAGAAACUUUUUUUUCCAGUCUGGGUUACCUCAACCAGUUUUAGCACAGAUAUGGGCUCUGGCAGAUAUGAACAAUGAUGGGAGAAUGGACCAGCUGGAAUUUUCUAUCGCUAUGAAACUUAUCAAACUAAAACUUCAAGGUUAUCAGCUACCUUCUGCAUUGCCUCCUAUUAUGAAACAAUCUCCCAUUGCAAUUUCUAGUGCACCAGGAUUUGGUAUAGGUGGUCUACCCAGCAUGCCCCCUCUUGCAGCUGUUGCUCCAGUGCCAAUGGCGUCCAUUCCAGUAGUGGGGAUGUCUCCACCCUUAGUAUCUUCUGUUCCCACAGCAGCUGUGCCCCCCCUUGCUAAUGGAACACCAGCUGUUAUACAAUCUCUGCCUGCUUUUGGUCAUACUGCCACAUUGCCAAAGAGUUCUUCCUUCAGUAGAUCUGGUGCAGGGUCCCAGUUAAACGCAAAACUGCAAAAGGCACAAUCAUUUGAUGUAGCUGGUACAUCUCCAGCAGCAGAAUGGGCUGUUCCUCAAUCAUCAAGACUGAAAUAUAGGCAGCUAUUCAAUAGCCAUGAUAAAACAAUGAGUGGGCACUUAACAGGUCCACAAGCAAGAACAAUCCUUAUGCAAUCAAGCUUACCACAAGCUCAGCUGGCUACAAUAUGGAAUCUUUCAGACAUUGACCAGGAUGGAAAGCUGACAGCAGAAGAGUUUAUUUUGGCUAUGCACUUAAUUGACAUGGCUAUGUCAGGGCAGCCAUUGCCACCUGUCUUGUCUCCAGAAUAUGUACCUCCUUCAUUUAGAAGAGUUCGCUCUGGCAGUGGCGUAUCUGUUGCAAGCUCAGUGUCUGUAGACCAAAGGUUACCAGAAGAACCAGUGUUAGAAGAAGAACAGCAGCAACUGGAAAAGAAAUUGCCAGUUACAUUUGAAGAUAAAAAACGUGAGAACUUUGAGCGUGGCAAUCUGGAGCUCGAAAAGAGGAGGCAAGCCCUUUUGGAACAGCAAAGAAAAGAGCAAGAGCGCCUUGCACAGUUAGAAAGGGCAGAGCAGGAGAGAAAAGAACGUGAACGACAAGAGCAGGAACGGAAAAGGCAGCUGGAGUUAGAAAAACAGUUAGAAAAACAGAGAGAAUUGGAACGCCAGAGGGAAGAGGAAAGAAGGAAAGAAAUAGAAAGGCGUGAGGCUGCAAAAAGGGAACUUGAGAGACAAAGACAACUUGAGUGGGAACGCAAUCGUCGGCAAGAGCUCCUGAAUCAAAGGAACAAAGAGCAAGAGGAUAUAGUUGUUCUGAAAGCCAAGAAAAAAACAUUGGAGUUUGAACUGGAAGCUCUAAAUGAUAAAAAACAUCAGUUGGAGGGCAAACUUCAUGAUAUCCGAUGCAGAUUGUCUAUUCAAAGACAGGAAAUUGAGAGCACAAACAAAUCUAGAGAGCUAAGAAUUGCAGAAAUAACACAUUUGCAACAACAGUUACAAGAGUCUCAACAGAUGCUUGGAAGAUUGAUUCCAGAAAAGCAGCUACUCAAUGAUCAGCUAAAGCAGGUUCAACAAAAUAGCUUGCACAGAGAUUCACUUCUCACUGUCAAAAGAGCCUUAGAAGCAAAAGAGUUAGCACACCAGCAGCUUCGUGAUCAGCUGGAUGAAGUAGAAAAAGAAACAAGAUCAAAACUUCAAGAGAUAGAUAUUUUCAAUAAUCAGCUAAAGGAGCUGAGGGAGAUACAUAACAAGCAGCAAUUGCAGAAGCAAAAGAACAUAGAAGCUGACAGGCUAAGACAGAAGGACCAAGAGAAAAAGUCAGAGCUGGAAAAUCAAAAAGAUAGUCAGAGAAGAACCCGAGAGAGACAGUGGCUUGACAGAAUACAACAGGAACAAGAACUCCCACGGCCAAGAAAAAAUCAAGAAGAGGAAAAGCAAAAAUGGGAAGAAUUAAGCAAAAAGAAGGAGAAUGAUGAUAAAAACAAACAAGAAGUGCAAGAAAAAUUGGAUAAACUUUUUCAUCCGUAUAAAGAUAAAACAAAACCAGCUCUCCAAGCUCCCUGGCCAACUGCAGAAAAGGCUCCAUUAACAAUUUCUGCUCAGGAAGAUGUAAAAAUAGUAUAUUAUCGAGCACUAUAUCCUUUUGAAUCCCGAAGCCAUGAUGAAAUCACAAUCCAGCCAGGAGACAUCAUCAUGGUGGAUGAAAGCCAAACUGGAGAACCUGGAUGGCUUGGAGGUGAACUGAAAGGGAAAACAGGAUGGUUUCCUGCAAACUAUGCAGAGAGAAUUUCUGAAAAUGAAAUUACCAAUUCAAUAAAGCCAGUAACUGAUGCUGCAGCUGUACCUAAAGUUUCGUUGCGUGAAACCCCCACAACACCAUUGGCAUUGCCUGUUCCAACAGAUUCAAGUACCACUGCCAAUAACUGGGCAGACUUCAGUUCAACAUGGCCAGCAAGUACUAGUGAUAAACAAGAGACUGAUAAUUGGGAUGCUUGGACAGCACAACCUUCCCUUACUGUUCCAAGCACAGGGCAGCUGAGACAAAGAUCUGCCUUCACCCCAGCCACUGUUACUGGAUCAUCUCCUUCUCCUGUCUUGGGUCAGGGUGAAAAAGUGGAGGGACUUCAAGCACAGGCCCUGUAUCCUUGGAGAGCCAAGAAGGACAACCAUCUUAAUUUUAACAAGAAUGAUAUUAUCACAGUGUUAGAACAGCAAGACAUGUGGUGGUUUGGAGAAGUUCAAGGACAAAAAGGCUGGUUUCCUAAAUCAUACGUGAAGCUUAUUUCAGGUCCUAUAAGGAAAUCAACAAGCAUGGAUUCUGGGUCUUCAGAGAGUCCUGCUAAUCUGAAGAGAACAUCACCAAUUACCAAAUCUGCAGUUUCAGGAGAAGAAUAUAUUGCCAUGUACACAUAUGAGAGCUCUGAACAAGGAGAUUUAACAUUUCAACAAGGGGAUUUAAUUCUUGUGACCAAGAAGGAUGGAGACUGGUGGACAGGAACAUUGGCCGAUAAAUCAGGAGUAUUUCCAUCUAACUAUGUUAGACUCAAAGACUCUGAGGUGCCUGGAACUGCUGGAAAAACAGGAAGCUUAGGCAAGAAACCUGAAAUUGCUCAGGUUAUUGCCUCAUACAUAGCAACAGGUCCUGAACAGCUUACACUUGCUCCUGGUCAGCUAAUACUUAUCAGAAAGAAGAAUCCUGGAGGAUGGUGGGAAGGAGAGCUUCAGGCUCGUGGGAAAAAACGGCAGAUAGGGUGGUUUCCUGCUAACUAUGUGAAACUCUUAAGCCCUGGUACUAGUAAAACUACACCAACCGAGCCACCUAAAUCAAUAGCAUUACCUUCAGUGUGCCAAGUAAUUGGUAUGUAUGACUACAUUGCACAGAAUGAUGAUGAAUUAGCAUUCAGCAAAGGCCAGAUCAUUAACGUCCUUAAUAAGGAAGACCCAGAUUGGUGGAAAGGAGAAGUGAAUGGGCAAGUGGGUCUUUUCCCAUCCAACUAUGUGAAACUGACAACAGAUAUGGAUCCGAGCCAGCAAUGGUGUGCUGAUUUGCACCUCCUAGACAUGUUGACACCUACUGAAAGGAAACGGCAGGGGUACAUCCAUGAACUCCUAGUAACAGAAGAAAACUAUGUGAAUGACUUACAGUUAGUGACAGAGAUCUUCCAGAAACCGUUGAUGGACUCUGAGCUGUUGACAGAAAAAGAGGUUGCUAUGAUUUUUGUAAAUUGGAAGGAAUUGAUUAUGUGCAAUAUCAAACUACUGAAAGCACUGCGUGUUCGUAAGAAAAUGUCAGGAGAGAGGAUGCCAGUGAAAAUGAUUGGCGAUAUCUUGACCGCCCAGCUUCCACACAUGCAGCCUUACAUUCGGUUCUGUAGCUGUCAGCUUAAUGGGGCAGCUCUCAUCCAGCAGAAAACUGAUGAAGUUCCCGAUUUCAAAGACUUUGUUAAAAGGUUGGCUAUGGAGCCUCGCUGUAAAGGAAUGCCAUUGUCAAGUUUUCUGCUAAAGCCUAUGCAACGAGUAACGCGAUAUCCUCUGAUAAUUAAAAAUAUAUUAGAAAAUACUCCUGAAAAUCACCCAGAUCAUAGCCACUUGAAGCAUGCUUUGGAGAAAGCAGAAGAACUUUGUUCUCAGGUGAAUGAAGGGGUGCGUGAGAAGGAGAAUUCAGACAGACUUGAAUGGAUCCAGGCUCAUGUUCAGUGUGAAGGACUAUCAGAGCAACUUGUAUUUAAUUCUGUUACAAACUGCUUGGGGCCACGCAAAUUUCUGCACAGCGGGAAACUCUACAAGGCCAAGAGCAACAAGGAACUGUAUGGCUUUCUGUUCAAUGACUUUCUCCUGCUGACACAGAUCAUAAAACCGCUUGGCUCGUCUGGCACAGAUAAAGUCUUCAGCCCCAAGUCUAAUCUGCAGUAUAAAAUGUACAAAACACCCAUAUUUUUAAAUGAGGUCUUGGUAAAACUACCCACAGAUCCUUCUGGAGAUGAGCCUAUCUUCCAUAUUUCUCACAUUGAUCGAGUCUACACGCUGCGUGCAGAAAGCAUAAACGAAAGGACGGCCUGGGUUCAGAAAAUCAAAGCUGCUUCUGAACUUUAUAUAGAAACAGAGAAGAAGAAGAGGGAAAAAGCCUAUUUAGUCCGAUCCCAAAGGGCAACAGGUAUUGGAAGGUUAAUGGUGAACAUUGUUGAAGGUAUUGAACUGAAGCCCUGCAGAUCCCAUGGAAAAAGUAAUCCAUAUUGUGAAGUGACAAUGGGCUCUCAGUGUCAUAUUACCAAGACGAUACAGGACACUCUGAACCCCAAGUGGAAUUCUAACUGCCAGUUCUUUAUCAAAGAUUUAGAACAGGAUGUGCUCUGCAUAACAGUGUUUGAGAGGGAUCAGUUCUCUCCAGAUGACUUCUUAGGCCGAACAGAAAUCCGUGUAGCAGAUAUUAAGAAAGACCAGGGCUCAAAGGGACCAGUUACAAAGUGUCUUCUCUUACAUGAAGUCCCAACAGGAGAGAUAGUUGUCCGACUGGAUCUGCAGCUGUUUGAUGAACCUUGAACAGGAGAUGCUUUUUCCAAGCUGAAAACACCGCAAUAGGUGUCUACAAAAUCUGUCUAGGAAUCCCCAAACCUUUUAUAUGAAACAAAUACUUAUCCUCCACGUGUAAAGAGGAUUAUCAACGCCACACAACUCUUUGUAUCUAAGUAAUCUUUGCAGAAAACCAAAUUCCAAGUUUGUGAGGAAAAUGUAACUUUUUUUUAAUCCUUUUACUUUCUGUGGAACUUCUGCUGUAGUUUUCAGGAUUUCUAGGAUAACAGAGUUGUAGCCCAUGGUAAAACAGUGCAGUUUUUCUGGGUACUGCAGCAUGCAGUGUCAACAACAGAGGGUGUCACUGGUAUGUCUUUGCAGACUUUCUGUAAAUUUUCCCUAGAAAUGUUGUGCCUAUUGCUCCACAGAGUCAUGUAUAAACAUAAUGUGAAUAUAUUUAUAUAGAAAAUACCUAUAACAUGAAUGAACUCUUGCCU